GUAGCGCCACUUGGAUCAUCAUCUGGAAAGCUGCAGGAAGAUGAUGUGCUCCUGGAGAUUGAUGGUGUCGAAAUUAGCCAGGACGGUACCGUUCCUUUGCGAGACAACGAGCGAAUCCACUUCUUGCACAUGGUCACGAAGCGCAGCGCCGGAUACGAGUCCGUUCAUCUCAAAGUCUGGCGUGAGAAGAGCGAGCUCGAGGUGGACAUUCCCCUGAGACCGGACCGCUGGUUGGUUCCACGCAUGGAUAGCUACGAUGCUGCUGCCGAGUACACGAUUGUUGGUGGCCUUGUCUUCAUUCCUCUCAGCCGGCCGUGGGCCGACCUGAAAUGCAAUGAGAAGCAAUGGAACCAAGCACGUGCACUGAUGAACCAGUAUGUGGGCCAAGCUCUGUCGGAGGAGGGAAGGCAGGUCAUCAUCCUUUCCAAGCACGACCCGUCAAAGCAAUCUUGUGGUGGAUUGAUGCGGGCAAGCCGCCAUGGCUUGGUAAGGGCAGCUGCCAUAGGGUUCGGCCUGGGCCACUGGAGUUGUUUCGCUCCACGGGCGAUGGCAGGCCCACAGCGGCUUCAAAACUUCGGCGAGCUUCGGCUGGACACUCGAGGGCGCAUCGUGAUCGAAGGGAGCGCGACGGUCAGCCUUCUGGAUGCCUGGAGAGCGCUGUGGGACCACGUGGGCCUGGUGGGGCAGGAGAGCGAAUUGGCCCCGUACCUGGUUGGUGCCAAAGACGUUUGCUCACGUGGCGAGCUGAAGCUCAGGGCACUCGCUUACUUUGCCGGCACCGAAGACAAGGACUGCAUUUUGCACAUCUUGGAUCAGCUCGACUCCAAAGCGAGGGACGCAGCGGAUUCGCUAAUCCAGAAGCACGCAGCGAGAGGAAUGCCGGAAGACCGACAGGAAGCUGUUCGGGCAAAAGCAGCAGCAGCCAAGCCAGCCGCCCUCGAGGCACUGAGCGCCGCGCGCAGCCGUCUACGCGGCUCUGGGACGGCAGACUGGCUGCCGAAUUGGGUAAGACGCCAAGACAUUCUGCAGGCAGCCAUAGCCCAAAUCGAUUCCAGCGAGGAUGCAGAUGAUGCCCAGGCGCGCGGGAAGGCACAAGAGAGAGAUGCAGGCCAGUGGCUGCGGCAGCAUUCAGGAAAAGACGCAGGUCAAGAAGGCUUGUUUGGCGAGCUGGCAGACGGUGAGUGCAUGACAUUCAUAUCCAAUUUGAACGUCCUGGGCUGUGCAAGCCGGAGAACGGUUCCCGAAGGCAUCAAGGCAGAGGUUGAUGGGCUCCUGCUGCGCGGGGAUCCUCCGGAGUUGGCAGCGAUUGUUGAAUGCAAAGCCGGCACUGCAAUCUAUGGUGACCUGCAAAAGCUGGAUGCAUUGCUGGAGUUCCUUGAGUCGGGCGACGAACAGGUGGCCCACUUUCAGGUAGCGAAGCCAGGAACAAAUGCACCGCGAGAGCUAGCUGUGCAACUUCCACCGGACGGCGCUCGUUCGGUCAAGGUGAAAUACUUCUUGGGUGGUCUUCCCGAAGAUGACGCAGGCGAGAACUCCUUGGCGAGUCUGCUGAGGCCUUCGGUGGCCUCGCAAGAGAAGGGCAAGCUGCUCUUCCGGUCGUUCCCUCCAGGGCAGCAGCUUGAGGAAAGCCGCCUGGAGCUCUUAGAUGUGCCGCCUGACACCUGGCUGGUACAGGCCACCAUGGCAGAGGCCGAGGUCGUGAAGGCACAGCAGCGCGUGGACGAGUUUCUCGACGACGUACGCCGCCGCUACGAGCAGGGCCGCAUCUCCUUCUUUGUGCGAGAGAAAAAGUGGAGUCCCAGAGUUGCGUUGUUGUGCCGCCCCGAGAUAUCGAGUUGA